AUGGUCCGAUGCGCUGCCGCUGCACGCUUCGGGGUCUGCCUGCUGGCCCUCGGCCUUGUAGCCUGGCAUGGUCUGCCGAAUUCGACGGCAUCCCUCCACCUGCAGCAGAUAGCUGCCAAACUCGCCGUGCAGGCCGAGGCUUCCGAGGCGGUCGAGCCGGGUGCCUCAGAGGCAUCGGAAGCCCCGACCACCUCUGCUGCCGAAAUCGACACGUCGGCCGCAGCGCUUCCAUCGUCCCUCUCAGAGACGAGUUCUACGAGUCCGUCGAUGGUGCCCAGUGCGACUCCCUUGGAUCCGGCGCGAACUCGGCCGGGAAAAUGUGCCGCGGAGUUUCUGGAGCCCCCCUGCGAGAUGUUCAACAUGAUCAGGUAUGGGAUGUCCAACUGGCGCGACAAGGAGGUCCGGCAAGGCCAGGUCGAUCUGGAGACCUCCUUCACAGAAGACGACAAGAAGGAAGCCUUGCUGGGGAGCUUCGGAGGACGAGUUUAUUUGGUGUACCGGGAAAGACCGGAGCGCAUGCGUGAUUCAGUGGUUUGGUUCGAAGUGCUGGACUUGCUGGCAGAACUUACUGCGCAGGUGCAGCUCGACGUGGAGUUCGUCAUACACACCUCUGACGUGCCAAUGGUGGAGAAAAGUGCCGACAAAGUUUGCGGCCACAAGGAUCGUUUCGUCUUCUCCGUCUCCAGCGGGCCUUUGUUCUGCGAUGUGGCACUGGGUCCUGGCGUGCGAGGAACCAGCUUACUGCGCGCGGGGGAUGACCUGCGAAAGUCUGACAUACCCUACGAGCAGAAGAUAAAUCUUGGCUUCUGGCGUGGCGCCCCCUGGCCUGCCAGGAGGUGCGGCUACUGGAAGAGGAGCCCGCGGAUCUUAAUGCCCAAGGCCUCGCUCCAGCAUCCGGAUGUGCUGAAUGCAUCCCUGAGCACGCUCGACUGCAGUGAUAAGGAGCCACAGGAUCUGUGCCGCGAAGUCAAAAAGCUGAAAGCACACCGAGUGUCCUGGCUGGAGCAAAUGAGGUAUCGCUUCUUGCUGACAUCGGCUCCGAAGUGCACAUACACAGGGCGCGUCUAUCCGUUUGCGGCCUCCAACUCCGUGGUGGCCAUGUUUUCUAACGGUCGGCAUGGCGUGAGCCAAGCGAUUUAUGCAGCCCUGCAGGACAACGUGCAUGUCAAGCUCGUGCACGAAAAGGCUUUCGUGGAAGAGAUACGAAACAUGCAAGCUUCUUGGAGAGAGCUCGCCGCUCUACCUCCACGUGCACAGUCUGUCUACGACUGGGCUACGAGCAGUGAUGUUCGGAUCUGCUACAUGUAUGAGCUUUUGCGCUCCUACAGGACGAAGUUGGCCUACAAGCCGUCAUCCGAUGGAACCAUUGCGAGGCUGUUGAAGACGAAAACUUCCUCGUGCGGACAUCAGAGCUACAAGCCGGGAUCAGAGAUGGUACGCGCGGACAAAGGUCGCCGCAGCUACUGUGUUGAGUCUUGGCCGGUUCCCUCGAACGCCUCAGCAAUGGGUGAGGCAGCCUUCACAAAGUGGUGUGCUCAAGUGCAAGCUCGAGCCCCGAAGUUCUAG